AUGGCAGACUCUCCGCGCCUUGGUCUGCAGCCAGUUUCCCAUCUUAAGGCUGGUCCGACCACCUCCAGCUCCAGGUCGACUGCGCUGCCUUUAGCUAGCCAACCCCCCCUCGCACGACCUUCAUCUAGGCUGCGAACACAAAAGUCCUCUGCUAGAGAGGACUCGGUUGAUGCCACCAGCGAGAAGGCUACUCUUGCCUUGAUUCGACGCGUGCUAUGUCCGCAGACCAGCAACCACGGCGCAUCCUCUCCACCGCCUCCAGAAGACCUACUUCCUCCCUUCACGAGCUCCAAUGACGUUGACCGUCAGCUAUACGCCUUAAUCGCUAUUAUAAUAAGAGAGUUUCUGUACUCAUGGUACUCCAAGAUCACCCCUGACCAGGCACUUGUCAAUGAGGUCCUACAGGUCGUGGCACACUGUACCCGCGCCCUGGAACAGAGAAUACGCCAGAUCGAUGUCGCACAGCUGGUUUUGGAUGACCUCCCGGUGUUAGUGGAAGCACAUAUACUUUCUUACAGACAGGCAAGGCAACAGUCGCAUCUUUCGGGGCUUUCAACGUCACAUCGUGCUCUUUACCAUCAACUGAAUCCUCAUCCUGGUCUGUUUCCAGUCCCGGAUCCGACAGACCCAGAUACCAUAGGCGAGCAAAACGAGAAUGAAGCUAUCUAUCGGCGGCUCUUAGCCAACGGCACACUAGCAGUACUACUGCCAACAGAAGAUCUCGAGAAUAGCAGCCUCCGCACCCUAGUGAGCGAUGUGAUAGCCGAUCUGAUAUUGGGAAAGGAGGUUGCUGGUCGCAUCUGCGAAGGAAGGUUCCUCUGGGAAACGACAACGAAAUUGCUCACUGUAGCUCAGAACCGUCGGACUGGACAGGCUUCUGGUUCAUCGGGGAAAACUACCAGUAGUCGGCUGGAGCAGUUUGGACUACUCCAUGAUGACUCGAGAGAGUCCCAACCUCCCACCCAGUCGCCAAUUACGGCCUGGAUAUGGAAUACCCUCCAGGGCAUAUACCUUGGUUACGUUGCCUUGCGUUUCAUUGUGACGGGUCUCUUCCGCGUCGCAUCCUCUCCAGGACCGGGAGCCUCGCACGGAGCCAGUGUUUCAUUUCCCGCUGCAACGCCAGAGACCCAGAAGGGGAGGAUCGAGUCGUCGUCAGACGGCGUCGCGGGUAAGCGCCCAGUUCUCGACUACCGAUUGUCGUCCAUGGCAUCACAGCUACUUGGCAUUUCCGAAAGGAUGCCAUGGCUGACCGGAUUAUUCGCACUCUUCCGACAUCUCAUUCUCGCUGGCCCGGGUAAGCUCGGUGACACAGACAGUGUCCUUGACAGAUUUCUCCGAGAAACCAUUGAGGAGCACGUCCUGACCCCCACUUUGUUGCCCAACCUUCUACUCGCAACAAGGACAGCCCUCUUCCCAGCCAAUGCCCGGCCGCAAUCUCUGGGUGUGCCCUUUGUGAACAUUGAAGCGCCCGCUCCGACUCCGCAGGCGUCCGUGCAGUCUUCGGCGGGCAAAGCUCUUGCGACCCCAAAAUCCUCCUCCUCAGCGCCCAUCCUAGAAGUAGGAAAGGGCACUGCGACUACCCAAGUUGAUCACGAAAGUAACAGCAAUAAUGAUAUGAACAGCAACAUUAUUAGCGGUGGCGGCACUCACGCUCCGCGAACAUCAUCCCCAGGGCCGGCAAUAGCAAUUAUCCCGACAGCAUCUCUUUCGGCAGUCGACACGGCCAAAGCUCCUGCCAGCGGGACGCCAAUAACGGGAUCGGAGAAAAAGCAAGACCUAGCACGCCCUAAUUCGGAGAUCGCCGCUAUCAAGCGGCGAUGUGCAGCUAGUCUCCUCGCCGUGAUCCCACGCAGCGUCGCACGAACCUUUUUCGCCGCUCCGACUUCCUCUAGCAGUGAUCGUUCCUGCAGCGCCGCCAGUGGUAGUUUGUCCUCCCUCACCACCAUCAGACCGUCCCCACCCACAUCACGAGAUGAAGAGAAAUGUGGGGUCCCGCCCCGAUCGUUUCAGGGGGCCAAGUCGACCUCCACGCCUUCAGGCUCGAGGAUAAGUGGUGGCAAGAAUGGGACUGAGCGCCUGCAUGUCGACGAACGAGAGGGCGAACAAGAUAGUGUUGAUUUGGAAGAGUUGUAUCUUCUGGAGACUAUCGAGGACGAUCUGUUGGAUCUGUUCGCCGACGAGUACUGUAACAAGCAUUUGAUCUAUUCGAUCAUCGAGACGGUCUUGUCUAAGGUUCUACCGGAAAUGACGGAACGCAGUGUUCUGGAUCUCAUGGAGGAUCGGGGGGGUGACCCCCGUUCCUGGUGGGUUCUAGGUUUGACUCAAUAA